AUGGUUUCAUCUACAUUGCUUUCAUUUAUUUCUGACACAUUUGCAAAACUUAAUAACAAUCACCAUCCCUUCGGAGGUAUCAAUGUUGUGUUAAUUGGUGACUUGGCACAAUUACCACCUGUCAAUGCACCAAACGUGUUUUAUUCUCCUGUAUGGAAAAUUUUUCAUCCAUUAUUUCUUACUAAAUCUCAACGACAAAUAUCCGAUCCUAUAUUUUUCAAUUUAUUGCAAGAAAUACGAACAGGAAACAUAUCUGAUGAAUCUUGGAAUAUACUUGAACAAAACCACAUGAAUUCAUUAAAUGAAGGAAACGAAGAUGACAAUGAAGAUAAUGGUGAAGACUCUGCAGAUGAUGCGGAUAAAGUUCAUGCAAAAUUAAAUACCACUCAUAUUGUUGGAUACCGCCAAUCAGCCGAUCCACUUAUAACCAGCGUAAAGAAACUUAACCGAGGGGAACACGACCUCCAAUUAAUAGAAGCAUAUACCAUAAACCUCGAUGACCAAUACGUUAAUCUAUCUAUCACUGCAUGGCUGCCGAAGAAUAUCACAACAACCGCUCAUAUAAACACCGUAAACCGAAACGACAUCGUGGAUCUCGACGGAACAAUAACCGAAAUAAAAGACAAUAAACUCUCUAUCACCGCGUACCGACUCGAGAUUAAUAAUUACGAUCACUUAAACCUUCCGACCAAUAAAUCGUGCAUUCUCGCCGCUGGCAUCGUCGAUACUAAACCACAACAACAAAAAAACCAGAUAUUCUUCAGAAUAUCCGCGUCGCAACACAAAGGCGAUAAGACCGCCACGAAUCCCUUUAACCAAUGCAGUAUUUUCUGCACACACGACGCCUCUCAAACGCACCUACUAGCACGCACGACAAAGCUCCUGCCGCGGAGCAAAGUAUGGGUUACCGGGGACUUUGGUGUAGACGAGAACCAGUUGUAUGUCCAACUGGACAACAUGGAAUAUAU